CAAUUAUACGUCAAUGGUAGGAAUCCCCUUUGAAGUGAAAACAUAUUCAUCAGCAGGUUCAUUGAUGAAAUGCAUUAUCUUAAACAGAUUCUGAUCAGAUUAUUUUUUCAAACUAAAGUAUCAAGCACUCUGAUGAUUUUCUCAAAGAUUGUCGUGCUCAAAUUGCAGAUUUUUGGAGAGCCUGCUAAACGAUUGUCUCAAACGUUACCCAUUUUCCUUGCCAGAUCUUUGCCCUUUGGAGCCUAUAUCACAAAACCUCUUACAACAGAGUAUGAGUUAUGAGAAGGGCAAAGAGUUAACUAAACACGAUGGAAGUUCAUCACAAUGUAAAGGAAAGAACAAGAAAAAGAUGCCAGAUGUGUCUGCAAGCUCAAAAACAAUGGGAAAUCUGAAACAGCAAACUCUAACAGAUGUGUUGAGAAAAGCAGGUGUUAUGCCUAGCCCAAAAGUGCUAAUUGAUGAUAUCUCUAGAACGUGUUCAAAGGGAACCAUGGUGGAGUUGUCAGGGAAUAGCCAGGAUAACAUCAUGUCCCCACUUACUGUAGAGAUUUCUUCCGCUGCAAACUUACUAGAACGUCAGAGAUACAAGUUCAGACCUCUUCUUCUUGAGUGUUUUGUCAGAUUUUCAUCAUUUAAGGCUCAAGAUUCAUUAUGUCUGGAUCCAGCUGCUGAGUUACCACUCCAUCUUUACUUCCUACGUGAUCGGAGCAAAAAGCUGGAUUAUUUUAGUCUGCACAAUAAACAAAUAGCAAAGUGCUCAAGUUUUCCACCCAGUCUCGGCAGUACGAAUGUAACAGACUUCAUAAAUGAUGUUCGCAUGCUGUUUCCUUCUCUUAAAAAAAAUCUUGAUCUCGUGCUUUGUAUUCUCAGAGAAGAAACUGAAGUAUGUCAAGAUCACUGGAAAGUUCACUCUGCUGCAUCUCGAAACCCAGAUGUUACAAGCAUUCUUUGUUCCACAUCAAAAGUUUCCUACUCUGUCUUCAAGGAGACACUGUGCUGCUUCGGAAAGAUGGUACAAAUUUCAGAGAUUCAGAGAGAAAAAUUAGUCCUUACUGAUCUUCUAGAGGCUUUCCAGCCAUCAGGGUUUCCAGAUGGCUUCUUUAUGGGCAUGCAACAUAUAUCUCCUGGGAACAUAGAUUAUCUAUAUUCAGGUGCAUAUUCUUUCAUUGAAGGAACAUUCGAUGCAGCAUGCACCAUUUCUUUUACACUGUCUGCUGAGGUAGUGCUGGCCUUAGAAGCAAUAUUGUUGUCGAUUCGAAAGAUUGUAGAUGAUGAUUUAUAUGAACCUGGAAAGAACAUUCAGAAAGGAUGUAUCAAAGAGCUUGUUCCCUUCUUAUGCAAAAAGCUAGCUUCGACUUCCAAAAAUCUCCUGAUUCAGAAGUACGAUAGUAAAAAUAUCGAAGAGGAUUCAAAAAACAGACGAGAACUUGUCCAAAAAAUUCUUCGCAUUUACUUGGAAAACUGCCAAUCCACAUGUGAUUCUCUAGAUGAGCUUGCAUGCUUAAUCAUGCCCCAGGUGACUUCACAGAGAAGUCAGGCAGAAGAUAGUUGUAGCUUUCCAAGCCUCUGCCAUACAACAUUUAUUGCUUGGUACCGGGUGAUGCACGAACAGAAUGUUUCGACACUUAAUAGAUUGGUCAAGGACGUUUGUAAGCUGGAGAGUGCCACACUGUGCACAGGGCAUGAGGCGAACUGCUAUUACCAGCAAAGUUCCAUCCACAAAGAGAUCUAUGGAGCGCUUCCUCUUUCAUGUCAAGGCACUCCAUUUAAAAUCAAGCGGAUGUACUUUUUGGAUGGGGAACUUGAAACAUAAAAACUUAUGGGGGGAAGUAGUGAGUUCCCAAGCGUACAUAGAAGAGGAUGAGAAGGAAGAAGUCAACGAAGAUCCUGCAGAAAAUACAAUGGAGGACCAACCCCCGGAAGCCGUUGCUGAUGAUUUAGUAUCGGAUUAGUUCGACCAAAUGUAAAGGAAAGUCUCUAAUGGGAAAAUAUGUGUUGUGCUUGUAGAGGAUAUAUUUUCUCUUAUACAACAAAACUAUGUAUCUGCAUAGUAUGGGAGACAGUAUCAAACAAUGUGGAAGUUUUGUGCUAAUAAUCACAACUAUAUCAG